AUGGUAAGGUUCGAUUCUGCUUUUAAAAUUGAGGAAAACGACUUAAAAUUUGGGAAGGGUUAAGAUUGUUAUUAGCUCUUUUCCUCUUGUUUUAGGUUUAUACAGUUAUGUCUGUGGCUAUCGCUUUUUAUUUGGUUUGAAACAUGUUUGGCUGCAACUUGAAAUCAAAAAAGUUGCAAGACAUUGUGCUUUAGGAUUAAACUUGAAAAGCUGGUAAAGGAAAUUCAACUAAUUUAAAGAAUUUGAGUUUUAAGUUACUUUGGAAAAAAUCAAUGCAGCUUUUUGUGGUGAAAAUGUUGUUAAAUGUAAACAAACUGAAACUCAUCUGCUGCUAUUUAGAUAAUUAAUAGUUUUUGCAAAUUGUCAAAUUAAUUGAAAUGAGUUUAAAAGCUGUCACUUGCAUUGAUGGGCUAAGUGGAGCCAGCAAACACACUCUUCUCAAUUGAUCAAUGGUCAUAUGGCGCUGCAGCAGCUCAUGGAACUAAUUUGUGUCUUUUCUCUGUUUCCUGCAGUGUCGAGUCAUGGCUUUGAGCAAGCGGAUCUUGAGCUCCCUGGGGAAUGGCCCUGCACGCCGGGUGCUGUUUGGCCCAGUAGAUCGAGAGCAGCUGAAGGUAGAAUACCAGGCUGCCCUCCAGAAAGACCUGGAGGAGGCCUCGCAGCGAUGGGGCUUUGACUUUUUCUCAGAUAAGCCUUUGGAAAGCAGUGAUUUCCAGUGGGAGGGAGUCCCAGGAACCAAAGUGCCACUACUAUACAGGUCCUGUCCCGAUAUAGGACAGGCAGGAGGUCAGAAGGCAGCGAGGGCAGCCGUUUCACCCAAAGAGGGAAAGAUGGGAUCACGGCAGAGUAGAAAAGAGAACAUCCCCAGAACACCGGAGAGAUGUACUUCUUACAACCUGGAGAAACUUGAGAAAACGCCCGAGAGACGAAGGAACACAGGGCUGAAGAGGAAGCAGACAAACAUUACAGGUACACAGAGACAUCCAAAGUGUCAAAAAACAAAACUCUAAUUGAACACAAAUCUGUUAAAGCUAAACCUCAUUUUCUUUAUCCUGACAGAUUUCUAUCAGGCGAAAAGAAGAGUGGUUGGGAUGCCACUCAAAUCCGGCGAGUGA